UAAAAAAAGUUAAUGAUCCAUAUUAAGCAAAAGCUGCAUAAUUAACCAGAAGACUUGGGGAUAGGAGUUUGAAAAGGAGAGAGGGAAAGCUCCCUACAAAAACCAGGAAGCAGGGAUGAUCAGUCUGCAGAAUUAACCAUAAUGGCUUCUUCACUGCCCUUUUCCUCCACUGCCAGUGCCCUGGUUCUUCUGCUGCUAACUCUUUCCUCCUUCAAGAUUUCAUCGAAUGCCGCCCUUCAUCCCCGCCACCCAUCCACCAAUGCAACAGCGAGCCCCCCGAGGCUUCAGCAGGCCUAUGUGGCUCUCCAGGCAUGGAAGAAGGUGAUCUACUCUGAUCCCCACAACAUCACUUCCAACUGGGAAGGAACUUCAGUCUGCAACUACACAGGCAUUUACUGUGCCCCAUUCCCUAAUGACACUUCAAUCCAAGUGGUGGCUGGGAUUGACCUAAACCAUGCAGACAUAGCCGGUUUCUUGCCUGAUGAGCUUGGCCUCCUCACAGACCUUUCACUCAUCCAUCUAAACAGUAACAGGUUCUGUGGAAUCCUCCCCGAAACUCUCUCCAAUCUCGCUCUUCUCUUCGAGCUAGACCUCAGUAACAACAGAUUCGUAGGCCCUUUCCCUUCUGUAGUCCUGUCUUUGCCUUCCUUGAAAUACCUUGAUCUUCGUUACAAUGAGUUCGAGGGGCAGCUGCCCUCGGAGCUCUUCAGCAGAAGCCUCGACGCCAUCUUUGUCAACAACAACCGCUUCUCUUCCAUGAUCCCAUCAAACCUCGGGUCAAGCUCAGCCUCUGUUGUCGUGUUUGCCAACAACUUCUUUGGAGGAUGCCUUCCCCCUAGCAUAGCCAAUUUCGCCAACACCCUCGAAGAGCUCUUGCUCAUCAACACCAGCUUAUCGGGCUGCCUGCCACCCGAAGUGGGAGAUUUAUACAAACUGAGGGUUUUAGAUGUUAGCCAUAAUGAUCUGAUAGGGCCAAUACCUUAUAGCAUUGCAGGGCUGUCCCACUUGGAGAUCCUAAAUUUAGGCCAUAAUAUGUUCAGAGGAAAUGUGCCAGAAGGGGUCUGUGACUUGCCCAACCUAUCAAACUUCACAUUAUCUUACAAUUUCUUCUGUGAAGAAGAUGGGAUCUGUAGCAACCUUACAUCAAAGGGUAUCAUGUUUGAUGACCGGAGAAACUGUUUGCCCGAGAAGCCAUUGCAGAGAAGCAAGAAGGAAUGUGAGGCAGCAUAUGAACACCCUGUAGACUGCCUUGCUGAUGGCCACUGUGGUGCAUGAUCUUUCCUGGAUAACUUUUUUUUUUUUUUUUUUUUUUUUUUCCCGCAUUCUUGAUUUCUCUUACACUAUUUAAGGACAGCAAAAUAAUGAUCAAAAGCUUGGUUUCAGCUAAUAUUUUAAAUGGAUUUUAGCAGAUUUGUAUA